AUGACCCCCGGGUACCUGUCUCUACGGUAUGCAUCCAAGACAGGCGAAAGUGAUAACGCCUCUGCUGCCAUCCUCAGGGUCGCCGUUGCGGGGAUGCCUGAAUCGGAGACUCGGGACUUUAUCCUUCUCCCGAAUGACGCUCCCGGAGCUGAAUAUGUAUUCCACGUUGCAUCGACCACAAACUCUUCUGUCGUGUAUCGAUCGCCUCGAGUUGCUACAUGCACUACGAACCCUCCUUCAGCCACAGUGCCAGACCUUCUGCAGUUGUCCACAUCCGAGAUCCUGGCUCAAGUCUUCGAAUUCACAGUGGGGACAGCAGCCCUGGUGCUGCCUUACAUAGUCAUCUAUGUCAUCAGCGGCUUCCACAAGGGGAACAGCACCGUCGCGGAGAGAGAGUGGUUCAUGGCGUGGUUGUGCACGGGGCAAUUCUUCGGGGCUACGGUAGCCACCAUCGGCAGAUCCAACUUCUCCCCGCUCACGCCAUUGAAUGUCUUGAAAGCCGUGAUAGUGCUGAUUCCACUCGUGAGCGCCGUAGGAGGGUUCGUGCAAGUGAUCAGGAUGUAUCUUGCUUUCGGGUCCUGCUCGUUGUCGCCCAGCUGA